AUGGAGCCUGAGCUGGGCAUGGCUACUGCAGGCCUUGUGAGUGAAGCUAAGGGUGGAAUCCAAGAGUGGAAGGAGGAGGAGAAGGAGAAGGAGAAGGAGGAGGAAGCAGCAGAGAGGACGCCCAUGGGAGAAGAGGUUCCAAACUCUCCCAGGACUUUGCUGUCUCUGAGAGGGAAGGCCCGGAUGGGGAUCCCCAUGGAAGUCAAGCUGGAGCUGCACCCCCUGCAGAACAGGUGGGCUCUGUGGUUCUUCAAGAAUGACCGCAGCCGGGCCUGGCAGGACAACCUGCACCUGGUCACCAAGGUGGACAGUGUGGAGGACUUCUGGGCGCUCUACAGUCACAUCCAGCUGGCCAGCAAGCUCUCCUCCGGCUGUGACUAUGCCCUGUUCAAGGAUGGCAUCGAGCCCAUGUGGGAGGACAGCAGGAAUAAGCGGGGUGGCCGCUGGCUGGUCAGCCUGGCCAAGCAGCAGCGCCACAUUGAGCUGGACCGGCUGUGGCUGGAGACGCUGCUGUGUCUGAUCGGGGAGAGCUUUGAGGAACACAGCAGGGAGGUAUGUGGGGCUGUCGUCAACAUCCGCACCAAGGGGGACAAGAUCGCUGUGUGGACGAGGGAGGCAGAAAACCAGGCGGGCGUGCUGCACAUUGGGCGUGUAUACAAAGAGCGCCUGGGCCUCUCCCCGAAGACCAUCAUUGGGUACCAGGCCCACGCAGACACAGCCACCAAGAGCAACUCCCUAGCCAAGAACAAGUUUGUGGUGUGAGGGGGGCCUUGGCACCCCUUCUCUGUAAUGGGACAGCCACCACCCGAGCCUCAUUACUUUGCGGGGGUGGGGUGGGGUGGGACUGGGGAUCAGACAGCCCUAGUUCUUACCUGUCCUCAAGUGAACAGGAAUGCAAACAUUCUUUAACAUGAGUUGGGGCCUGGGCCCUAGGGGCCAGGUGGGGGUAGUGGUGGCAGUCUGAGGACCUAGCUUGUCCCGGGGCCACAGGACAGCAGGAGGGUGGAGGAAACUCCCGGGGGUGGGGUGAGUCAUGGGGGGGAAGGAGAGCUCUAUGGUAGGCGGAAGAAGCCCAUAGUCCAGUGUUUACUCUGUUUCUACCCAAGAAGGGGGCGAGGUGACCUGAGAGACAGACUCUCCCAUGGGUGGGGGGCUCAAGGGCACAGACACUCUGGAGGGUGAACGCCAUCAUUUGUACAGAGGGAUAUGUGGGUUGCUGAGGACUGAGAGAGCCUUGCAAGGCCGCUCCCCUUCUCACUAGCUGUGGCCAGGCUGUCUGGGCCUUGCCUGCCUCAGGACCAGACUGAAGUAGAGGUGGGGGGAUGCUCGGCUAGACCUCACCAAGGUUCUGGUAGAAGUGGAUAAACUUGAUAAUAAAAGCUUAAGCAUGUUUCUGUUCCUGUUUUAAAUAAAUACUUCUGAACAAAGUUGGAA